AGGUUACCUAACGUUACUUGUAUUAAAAGUAGGUUAGUCCAUGAACCUUGCCACUGUUUUUUUGCGCCAAGACUAAAACGUGUUUGUAGAAAAUCGACGUAAUAUUCACCAUGCAGGCAGUCGAACGUUUUGUCAGGGAAACCCUUCAAGGUUUGGACCAACAACAAAUACAGCUGUCAUUGUCAGCAGUAGGGGUUGGACUUGUAACAUGGUACCUUAUACACAAGAAAAAGGUUUCUAAGACCAUCCCCUUGGGUCAAGGCUGGUGGGGGAGAGGGGAGAGAUCACCCACUGAAAAUGAGACGAUACACCCUUUCACAGUAGAGGCUUCUGAGGAAGAAAUCGAGGACCUUUAUAGACGAAUUGAUCAAACAAGGUAUACUGAGCCACUGGAAGAUGGCCGCUUCCAUUAUGGCUUCAAUUCUGUUUACCUCAGAAAGGUUGUGUCAUACUGGAGGAACCAAUUUGACUGGAAGAAACAAGUGAAGAUGCUGAACAAGUAUCCACAUUUCAAAACCAAAAUAGAAGGACUGGAUAUCCACUUCAUUCGUGUGCGUCCGCAGUAUCGUGAAGGACAGAGGGUCUUGCCUCUCAUGCUGGUCCAUGGAUGGCCAGGUUCUUUCUUUGAGUUCUACAAGAUCCUUCCGCUGCUCACAGACACUCGGGAUGGCCUGGCAUUUGAAGUCAUCUGUCCCUCUAUCCCAGGAUACGGCUACUCAGACGCCCCACAAAAACAGGGAUUUACCUCGAUGGACGCUGCUCGAGUCUUUCUGAAGCUGAUGGAGCGUCUGGGAUUCACAGAGUUCUACCUUCAGGGGGGUGACUGGGGCUCUCUCAUCACGACCAAUAUGGCCCAGAUGAAGCCUGAAUGCGUCAGAGGCCUCCAUUUGAACAUGCUUGAUGUAACAGGGGGAGGUCUUGGUAUGCUGCUGUCUCUGAUCAUUGGACCAUACCUGCCUUUCCUGGUUGGUUUCACACGUGAAGAUGUCCGUCGGCUCUUCCCAUUCAUUGAAAAGAAUGUGUAUGAGCUACUGAAGGAGUCGGGAUAUAUGCACAUUCAGGCCACCAAGCCUGACACAGCAGGCUGUGGAGUGAACGACUCUCCCGUUGGGCUAGCUGCCUACAUUCUGGAGAAAUUCUCCACUUGGACUGUGAUGCAGAACAGAGAUCUAGAAGAUGGGGGCUUGGAGAGGAAGUAUUCCCUGGAUGACCUCCUCACCAAUGUCAUGAUCUACUGGACCACUGGCACUAUUGUCUCCUCAAUGCGCUUCUAUAAAGAAAACCUGAACUCUAAUCCAGAGAACAGAAUAGAUUCCAGGACGGGCGUUUAUGUGCCGAUGGGAUUCGCCGCGUUCCCCCACGAGCUGCUGCACGUCCCCCAGGUCUGGGCCGGCAGGAGGUACAAGGACAUCCGCUCCUACACCUACAUGGCCACCGGGGGGCACUUCGCUGCCUUUGAGGAGCCCAAGCUGUUGGCAGACGACUUUGUGCAGUUUGUGAAAAAGGUGGAAUGCAAAUAAAAUGUGAAUUUUAUUUUAUUAACUUUCAGUUUGUCUGAAAAGUUGUCUGAAAAGGCAUAUGAAUUGUAGCAAAAAGCCAAAUACUACAGCGAUGACAAAAUGACAAUGAUAAACCAAAAUUCACAGUAAGAAAGAGUAUUAUGCUGACUGGACUUUUGUAUAAAAAAUAACUUUGCUUAGCCAUUUUAUUCGUUUGGACAAGGCAGCUACCGUUCAGCCCUUCUUUGUGAUCAGGGUAUAGCUAAGUAGUGCUUUGGGGCUGACAUGUAAAAGAUGAUGUAUUAGGAUUGCUUGUUAAAUUGUAAAACUAGAUGUACCGCAAAGCGGGACUAAAUAUGACCACUGCUCAGAUCUGCACAUUCUCUCCACAAAAAUAAAUCACGCUUGUCAAUUUGUUUCCAUCUCCUACUCCAUCCCCUACUGCAACUUUUAUGUAUAUAGAUGACAACAAAAAUAUUUGGUCAUCCCAGGCCCUACGGUUCUAGAGAUAUUCACAGAAAACUGUGUCUGGCUAUCUACAGGCCAGUUGGUGUACAAUCAGUAAAUGUACACAUUAAUUACUUUAUUGUAUUGCCCCCUAUGAACCGAAUUCCAUGACCCUACGGUUGUCAAGAUAUUCACAGACAACUGUGUCCGGCUUCACUGGGGGGCAGUCAUGAUAAAUAUUACAGUGAGAUUAAAAAUACUUGCUUUCUUACAGUAAUCAGUGCUGUCAAUACAGUAUAUUGUUGUCUUUUACUAGAAAAUUAAAAGCUUUUCCUUCAUCAAUAUUGUGUACCUGAAAUAAUAACAAAACUCCUCAAGCCUGUUAAAGGAAUUAAAUAAAUAUGUAGUGAUAAUUAUUUGCUCACAAAGAUGGCCUAAUAAAAAUGGACAAAAAUUGCACUUAUAUAAACUGGAAUUGUAUUUAAAAAGAUGUGUGGUGCUUGAAACUCCUGUGCUAUAAUGGGGCUCAAUAUAGCUAAUUUGUUUAAAGGGACAUUCAUGCCAAGUAUGAUAACUCAUGCCAAGUAUGAGAACAUUAUUGUUAGGGAUCACUGUCAGAGUGAUUUUGAGAACGAUAAAAAGCUGACAUUCAUCAACUCGAUCAGACUUUUCUUGUUGUUGGACAGUGUCAACACUUUUAUCAUUAUAGUUAUGCUCAUAUCUUCUUAAGACUGGGCAGUGUCAACACUUUUAUCAUUAUGGUUAUCCUCAUAUCUUCUUAAGACUGGGUAGCCUACUAAGCUCCUUGAUAUGACUCUGGCAUUAAACAUUUUUGACAGGUGAUUUAUUAUCUACGAAUAAUAAAUAAAUUGGGUCAUCUCAAACCGAAAAAGAAUAUGUUGUAUUUGCAUUUGAAUUGCGGAAUUUGAGCAAUUGUAUUGAGAAACCGAAUUUGAAAAGUAUAUGUUGAAAUUGAAUUCAUUAGAUUUUGAACUGAAUCCCUCUGAACUUGACAUUGAAUAUAAUAUUUAGAAAUGUAACUUAUUUGCUCUGAUACAUAAAUGAUCCUCACUGGAAAUGUCGCUCUUUGCACUUUCACAUUCAGUUCACAAUUCCGUUUCAGACCGUGAAAUUCAAUUUCAGUUUAUCAAGACAAAAACAGCUGGUCACUUAGGAAGAACAAUCCAGGAAAGAUGAUCACAGCCUUUUAGUUACGCAAUCUGCUU